AUGGGGGACUGGAGCAUGCCCGUCGGCUCGCUGGGUGAGGAGGUGGUGGCCCAGCUCUGCAAGCUCCUGGAUAACACCAGCCGGGGCUGGCGCAAGCUGGCUGAGGUGGCCGGGGCGGAGAAACGCUUCAAGUGCAGUGCAGAGGAGCUGGAGAUGUGCUCGCUGAAGGUGCUGGAGCCCCGCGGCAGCCCCACGCAGUGCCUCCUGCAGCUUCUGGCUGAGCGUGACUGCACCCUCAAAUACCUGCUGGGCUGCCUGGAGAGGAUGGGGCACACGCAGGCCUGCCAGGUCCUCAGCAGUGCCGUCCGGGACAUGAUCCGCAUCACGGUGCAGCCGGAGUCGCAGGUGGUGACAGAGGGGACGCGGGUGUCCCUGACCUGCUGGGCAACGGGCCCGCUGGGGCUCGCGUACCAGUGGUUCUGUGGGAAGCACGAGGUGCCCGGAGCCACGGCCCCGGAGCUGGUGGUUGACACGGCUGCCCUGCCGGGCCAGCCCGAGUGGUACAUCUGCCGGGUGAACUGCGGGGCCGCCUUCGCCUUCUCCAGGUGGGCCCACGUCCAGGUGGAGAAGAGCAGCAGCCCCACCUGCAGCCAGCGGUUACUGCCUGACCAUGGAGGGGCUGCAGAUCCUGCAGCAGCCGCGGCCGUGCCGUCUGGCCGAGGGGGACACGCUGACCUGGAGUGCAGAGCCAUCGGCAACCCCCCGCCCCAGUACCAGUGGUUCAGGAACCGGUGCCCUGUGGAGGGUGCGCAGGCGCCCCAGCUCCAGGUGAAGCUGGUGACGACGGCUGAGCGGGGCAGCUACUCCUGCCGUGUGUUCAACCUCUUCCAUGAGGUGUGGAGCCGGGAAGUGGAUGUGGAGAUCGGCCCGCGGCUCUUCGCCUCCGGAGGCUCCUGGCAGGAGGGGGAUGGAGGCUCCCCGGAGCACGGCAGCCCUGGCCAGCUGUAUGCCACCGACAAAGUGGCCCUGCUGAUCGGCAACAUGCACUACCUGCACCACAAGCAGCUGAAGGCGCCCAUGGUGGACGUGCAUGCCCUCAGCGCCCUCCUCCGCCAACUCGACUUCAAGGUGGUCUCGCUGCUGGACCUGUGCAAGGCUGAGAUGCAGAUGGCUGUCAACGAGUUCCUCCUCCUCCUCGACAAGGGCGUAUACGGUUUGCUCUACUACGCCGGGCACGGCUAUGAAAAUUUUGGCAACAGCUUCAUGGUGCCCAUCGACGCGCCCAGCUCCUACACCUCGGCCCACUGCCUGUGCGUGCAGCGGGUGCUGCAGAGCAUGCAGCAGCGCCACACCGGCCUCAACAUCUUCCUGCUCGACAUGUGCCGCAAGAGGAACCUCAACGACGACAUCAUCCCACAGGUCGGGGCGCUGCAGGUCACAGCCAACAUCGUCUUCGGCUAUGCCACGUGCGCGGACGCUGAAGCCUACGAGCUGAGCCAGGGCGAGCUCUCCAAUGGUGUCUUCGUCACCUUCCUCAAGCACUGGCUGCUGGAGGAUGAGAAGAUUACGGUGCUGCUGGACAAGGUGGCCGAGGACAUGGGCACGCUGGAGAUCACACGGGGCCGGCAGGCGCUGGAGCUCCGCAGCAACCUCUCGGAGAGACGAGCUCUGACGGACCCCAUCUGCCCCUCGGGCCAGGACGAGUCCUCCGCCAGGAACCUGCAGUGGGCCAAGGCUCAUGUCCUGCCGGAGAGCCGGCACCUCCGCUUUGACUGUGGUGUCGUCGUCCAGCUGGGCUUCGCCGCUGAGUUCUCCAACAUCAUGAUCAUCUACACCCGCGUGGUGGCCACCCCCGAGGACAUCGCCAAGUGCGAGGCCAAGCUCACCGACAUACCAGAGGAGCUGGACGUGGACCUCAAGUGCACCAACAAGGAGAGCCCGGAGGAGAUGGGCAGCCCGCUGGCGCCCACCUGGAGCCUUGGCUGCCCCUCCUGCUGCCUCUACAGCCGGCUCUGCGGCUUGCAGAAACUGCGGCAGGAGCUGGUGUUCACCGUCUGCCUGCAAUACCGCUACCGCGGCAUGGAUGACUUUGUGGAGGAGAGGCGGACGGUGAGCGUGGGGAAGCCGCUCAUCGCCAAACUCAACCUGCGGCUGGCGGCCCCCCCCCCCCCACCUGGCAGCUCCCUCCCCCCCCCCCUGUACGCGUGA